UGUCAGAUGACUGCAUGUCGCUGAGCUUCGCCUCCUCUGAGGCUCUAUUUUAGCUUCCCGUAUCUCUCCGCCAUUAAAGACUGGACACUAAAUAACACUAAAGCUGCGGAGCGGCGGGUCCGGAGAUGUGUUUAGGGCUAAGGGGGGCAGCAGGUGAUCAGUUCUGAUUAGUCAGAGAGGGGGUUUAUCGAUCAGGAUAUAAAAUGUAAGAUCGGGUAAAAGGUGGAAGAGCGGCUGUGGAGACUCGGGGAGAGAGAGAGAAAGACUAGCGAACAGCACUGAGGAGGGCGAGCAGGAGAAGUUUGUUGCCUGCCUGCUCUCUGUAGGUGACGUGAGCGUGUGUGUGAGUGUGAGACCAUGACGGAGUUGGGUGUGAAAUGGGCCUGUGAGUACUGCACCUACGAGAACUGGCCGUCUGCUAUCAAAUGCACCAUGUGUCGCGCUCAGAGGCCCAGCGCCACCAUCAUCACGGAGGAACCGUUCAAGAGCAGCUCAAUACUGGAUCCCCCGCACAGCGAUUUGGGCAGCAGUAACCUCCUGAUCUGCCCGGACUCCAGCGCCAGGCCCCGCGUCCGCCAGGCUCAGACCACCGAGACCAGCGGGAAGUGGUCCUGCCACAUGUGCACCUACUUGAACUGGCCUCGCGCUGUCCGGUGUACGCAGUGUCUGUGCCAGAGGCAGCGCGCCUGCAGCCCCACCGAAACACCCCAGACCUCCGGCUCGGGCCUCAGAUUAAGGUCCGGACCGGUGCCCCCUGUGGACCCCUGUGAGGAAUACAACGACAGGAACCGACUGAACACGCGCGCUCAGCGGUGGUGUUGUGCGGCCUGCACGUACGAGAACUGGCCUAAGACCCCUCGCUGUGUGGUGUGUGACCACCCCCGGCCCAACGACGCCAUCCAGCUGACUGAGCCGGACGUGCUGUCGCCGGUCAUUAACGAGCAGGACCAUGUGCACCCCCCACGGGCCGGAGGCGUGUGUGGACCUGUGGGCCAGCGGCGGUCUCCGCCCAUGCCGAAACGAGACUCAGAGGUGCAGAUUCAGGACAUACAGUGUAUCGAACUGGCUGCCGGAGCUCAGGGCAGCAAGGAGGAGCUGGAGAUGGACUUUAAAAAGCUCAAACAAAUCAAGAACCGCAUGAGGAAGAGUGACUGGCUGUUCCUUAACGCCUGUGCAGGUGUGGUGGAGGGCGAUCUGGCGGCGGUAGAGGCCUACAAGUCUUCAGGUGGAGACAUCGCCCGGCAGCUGACAGCUGACGAAGUUCGUCUGCUGAACCGAGCGUCUGCCUUUGACGAAGGUUUCACGCUCGUCCACCUCGCCAUCCGCUUCCAGCGCCAGGACAUGCUCGCCAUCCUGCUGACUGAGGUUUCUCAGCAGGCAGUGAAGUGUAUCCCGGCGAUGGUGUGUCCCGAGCUGACGGAACAGAUCCGCAGGGAAAUCGCUGCCUCAUUGCACCAGCGCAAAGGAGACUUCGCCUGUUACUUUCUCACCGAUCUCGUCACCUUCACUCUACCAGCAGAUAUUGAAGACUUGCCUCCUGCAGUUCAGGAGAAGCUGUUUGAUGAAGUUCUCGACCGUGAUGUGCAGAAAGAGCUGGAGGAGGAGUCUGCGGUCAUAAACUGGUCUCUGGAACUAGGCACUCGUCUGGACAGUCGUCUGUACGCUCUGUGGAAUCGAACGGCCGGAGACUGCCUGCUGGACUCGGUUCUACAGGCCACCUGGGGAAUCUACGACAAAGACUCGGUCCUCCGGAAAACCUUGCACGACAGCCUGCACGACUGUUCACACUGGUUCUAUACUCGGUGGAAGGAAUGGGAGUCGUGGUAUUCGCAGAGUUUUGGCCUCCAUUUCUCUCUCAGAGAGGAGCAGUGGCAGGAAGACUGGGCCUUCAUCCUGUCCCUCGCCAGCCAGCCUGGGGCGAGUUUGGAGCAGACUCAUAUAUUCGUUCUUGCACACAUUCUCCGUAGACCAAUCAUAGUCUACGGAGUGAAGUAUUACAAGAGUUUCCGUGGAGAAACGUUAGGAUACACUCGCUUUCAAGGUGUUUACUUGCCGUUGCUAUGGGAACAGAGCUUUUGCUGGAAAAGCCCUAUCGCUCUUGGUUACACGAGGGGUCACUUCUCUGCGCUGGUCGCCAUGGAGACCGACGGCUACGACAAUCGCGGCGCAGGCGCCAAUCUUAACACAGACGACGACGUCACGGUAACCUUCCUCCCAUUGGUCGACAGCGAGAGGAAGCUGCUCCACAUUCACUUCCUGUCAGCACAAGAGAUGGGGAAUGAGGAGCAGCAGGAGAAGCUGUUGAGGGAGUGGCUGGACUGCUGUGUGACGGACGGGGGGAUGCUGGCCGCCAUGCAGAAGAGCUGCAGGAGGAGGAACCACCCUCUGGUCACUCAGAUGGUGGAGAAGUGGCUGGACGGGUACAGGCAGAUCCGCCCCUGCCCCACGCUGUCCGACGGAGAGGAGGAGGAGGACGAGGAAGACGAGUGAGGAAGAGGAGGAGGAGAUGGAGGAGGAGGAGAUGAUGGACUGUUGGGACAGAAACACUCAAACAGUUUUAUUUUCACAUCAGGGAGGGACAGGCCUUUAGCCAUUUCACUCAAACAAACACACACACACGUACAUACACACACGCAGACACACAAGAAGAGUAGUUUUUUAUUAAAGAACAUUUCUACACCCCCCCCUUUUCAUUUCUUAUAACACAACAGUAGAGACCACGCACUCUUAAACAUGAAGGCGCUUCAGAAGGUUUUCAAAUAAUAAUGACAUUAAAAAAAGAACCACAAUUUGAAGGAGAGAUGAGCGUAGGUUUGCUCAAAUAACCACUAUUGAUCCCUUUUAAAAAGUGGUUCUUUUGAGCAAUGCCAUAGAAUAACCAUAUAUAUUUAAACAUUUCAUGGAAGUAUGAAGAGCUUUAAUUACCCUCAACCCUCAACACUCCAAUAAACACUUUUUUUUUUAAAGGAACCAAUAGGGGUUCUUCUGAGCAAUACUACAAAGGAACCAUGUUUGUAAUAGAGGUGUGUUUCGUAAGGAACCUUUAAAUCAGGGUUCUUCUAUAGCACUCAAUACACCUUUUUUUAAAGGAACCAACAGUGGUUCCUUUGAGUAAUGCUGUGCACGAAUCAUGACUGUAAAAGUGAUAUGAGAGUGUGAAGAAGCUUUAUUUUGAUUAGGAACAUAUAAAGAUAUAUUUUUUUUUUAUGCUCACACUCAAUCUUACUCUUCCUACUAUUACUAACGUGCCCCUUUAUGCCCCUUCUUUAUGCCCCUUCUAUUGUUGCUGAAAGAACCUUUAAAGCACCUCCAUGAUCGAGAAGAAAUUGGUCAUCCAGUUCCAGAAAGUUAAAAUCUAUCCCAGGAUGUUUUUCAACUGCCAAGCAGAAGAAGUUAGAAGAAAAAAAACAUGUUUAUUAUAAUUUACACGUUUUCUUCCCUUUUCUCUCCAAACAAAAAAAAGAAAAAAAAAGAGUGAUUUCUAUAUAAAUAUAUACAUAUAUAAAUAUAUAAAUAGUGCGAAAAAAUAUAUAUACAUAUAUAUAUAUAUAUAAAACCCUUCAGUGCAGGUGUGAUGCAUGCGGUUCCUAGGGCGGUGUCUAAUAAAUAAGAGGACAAAAAAGAAGAAAAAAUGACAAAUACCAGCAUCAGCAGCAGCGUUUAGACGGGCCGGACGUUUCUAUAGGUUUGUUAUCGGCACUUACAGAAGCACACUUUACAAAUAAUGUUUGUUCUAAAAACGAAAUGAAUAUUAAUUCAUAUUAAUAAUCAUAGUAAGGCUUUUGUUUGUUUUUCUUUGAUUGCGAUUUAGAGUUUUAUCGGAUUCAGUUCAGGGAGGAAGAAGGAGAGGAGGAGCCGUGAUGAAGGUUUGGUUGAGAAAGAAAGAGAGAGAAAGAGAACCGUGUAUUUACAGCAUGCUGUUUUGUUAUACAACAGCACACACACACACAUACAUACAUACAUACAUACAUACAUAAACACAUACAUACAUACAUACAUAUAAAUAUACCUGAAGAACGUUAGAAAGGACAGAAGUGGGACUUUUCUUGUGAGUGUUUUUUGUUUUGACUUUUUUUUCCACUAUUUUCUUGCACCUCUCUCAUCCCUCGCUCAUCCUUUAGGUUGUGUUUCUGUUUGUUUCGUUUUUAAAGACUGACUGUAUUUAUUUGUUUAGGAGUGCGAUUGUAUGAAUUAUUUUACACCCCUUUCCCUUUCACUUUCUCUUUUUGUCUCUUUUUUUUUUCUUUUACGUACCUAAACUUCUUCUGUCUUUCUUUUGUUUUAUUUUUUAUUAUUUCUCACUUGUUUUUUUUUCUUUCACUCUCUCCCUUCUAUCUAUCUCAUACUUAUUCGCUCUCUCUCCCUCUCCCCCUGUUUCUUUGCACGGAGGUGUGUGUUCUUGCUGUUGGGGUGAGAGCCCCCCCCCCCUCCUCGGCCCUCCUGUAUAAAUGUACUGACCUGUAUAAUGUGUGAUUUAUCUAGUACCUCAUUUUUGAUGUUACAACUUUAGGUGCUUCUCUGUGGGAGGGGCAGGGCCAGGAUGGGAUGGCUGAUACACACAGCUACUACAGAGUGUGCUAAACAUUAAACUACACACACACACACACAC